UCCCUGUCAGCAGAGCAGCAGUGAGUGGGCAGGUGUCAGUCCCCCGAGCUACCACCACAUGCUGUCAUUCCAAAUGCCAAGGGAGGAACCGCCACACAUCCCGAUUCCCAUAUCCCUCUCCCGCCGCUCCCCCCCACCUGCUCUCUUCUCCAUCUGCUAGCUCGAUCGGUGUCCAUGGCGUCCAAGGUGUGGCUAUCUCCGGCGGCGUCCCGCCUCCCCUCCCUCGCCACCGCACCACCUCGCUUCCGCCCUGUCCGUGCCCUGCCCGUCGUGCUGCGCCGCCGCCGCUGGCGUCUUCUCCGCGCCACCGAGCAGCAGCAAGGCCAGCAGGUCCAGGAGCAGGACGAGGUGGUGGACAGCAACGUCCUCCCCUACUGCAGCAUCGACAGGAAGCAGAAGAAGACGAUGGGAGAGAUGGAGCAGGAGUUCCUACAAGCUCUCCAGUCCUUCUACUACGACCAGAAGGCCAUCAUGUCCAACGAGGAGUUCGACAACCUCAAGGAGGAGCUCAUGUGGGAAGGAAGCAGCGUCGUCAUGCUAAGCCCUGAUGAGCAAAAGCUUUUGGAGGCUUCCAUGGCCUAUGCGUCUGGCAACCCCAUCAUGUCUGAUGCUGAAUUUGACGAGUUGAAACUCAAAUUGAAGAAAGACGGGAGUGUCAUUGUGACGGAAGGUCCCAGGUGCAGUCUCAGGAGUCGUAAGGUGUACAGUGACUUGAGUGUUGACUACUUAAAGAUGUUCCUGCUAAAUGUUCCAGCCACCACAGUUGCUCUGGGACUGUUCUUCUUCAUCGAUGAACUGACUGGCUUUGAGAUCAAUGUGUUCCAGCUGCCAGAGCCUUUUGGUUUCAUUUUCACAUGGUUUGCUGCUCUGCCACUAAUAUUGUUCUUAGCACAAUUGUUGACUAAAGCCAUAGUCCAGGACUUUCUAAUCCUGAAGGGUCCAUGUCCGAAUUGUGGUACUGAAAAUCUUUCCUUCUUUGGGACUAUACUGUCAGUCUCUAGUGGCGGUACAACAAACAAUGUGAAAUGUGCAAAUUGCAGUACUGAGUUGGUAUAUGACUCAAAAUCUCGGGUGAUCACAUUUCCAGAACCGUCAAAUUAAAAGCAUAAGCAAGGAACAAAGAGCUCCAGCAUUGUCUAUUCUUUCGAACGAGGUGGCCGUCCGCAGUCCACUCAAGAAACUGCAAAGCCUGCAACCACUAGUAGAGUUGGUUAAAAGAAUCCGAUCAUCCAGAGCAGGAUCAGAGUGUCAUGCAUGGUCUGCGAUGAGAGCUGUAGAGUGUGUAUAGAAAAGCUUAGGUAUAGCUGCCGAUGGUACAGUGACUAUUAACAGUCCACUACAUACGCUAGCGCUGUGCGAUCGUAAGUCUCAACUUUGAUUUAAAGUACUAAUUAUUACUAAGUUACAUGCAUCAUAUCGAUCAGUUACACUUAAAAGUUUAA